CUCAUCAUGGUUCUAAUAGCACUGGCAAAACAAUGGCUGCUGCCUCAACAUCGUGGUCUCUUCUGAGCACCUCGGCCAACGCUCUGCAGGUAACUGCAGAUGAUGGCAGCUCUCCGCGUCGGCGGGCCAAGUCAAACUCCCUCUCCCGCCGACGAUUCUCACUGUCUAGCGGGCUUGCGCAAAGCAGCCGACCGGUCAAGCAGGGCAAGGUUCCAAGCCGACAUACGAAAAGAUCAGGGCGAUCGCUCCGUUUCCUUUUCCGGCGAACAUGGGCCCUGCCUUUGGCUCUCAUCCUCGGCUUCCUCUCGCUCUACGCCAUCAACCCGACCGAAUCGAACCCCGUUUACCAUUUCCUCUUCCUUUCUUACAAGCUGGACCACCAAGAUGACCAGUACGGCAAAGGGCCCUGGGACCUGGCCUUCGUCAGCUUCUACACCAUCGUGCUCUCCUUCACCCGCGAGUUCAUCAUGCACGAGGUCCUGCGACCGCUGGCCCAUCCAGGCGGCAUCCGCUCACGGGCCAAGCAGCAGCGGUUCAUGGAGCAGAUGUACACGGCGUGCUACAUCGCCUUUGUCGGUCCGCUGGGGCUGUACACGAUGAAGCGGACGCCGGGGCUGUGGUAUUUCGAGACGCGGGCCAUGUACGAGGCGUAUCCGCACCGGACGCACCAGGCAGUCUUCAAGUUUUACUACCUGUUCCAGGCCGCGUUUUGGGUCCAGCAAGCGGUCGUCAUGCUGCUCGGCCUGGAACGGCGCCGCAAGGACUUCCGCGAGCUGGUGGCGCACCACAUCAUCACCAUCGCGCUGAUUGGGUUGAGCUACCGGUUUCAUUUCACGUAUGUCGGCAUUGCGGUGUAUAUAACGCACGAUAUCAGUGAUCUCUUCCUGGCUGUCUCGAAAUCGCUAAACUACCUCACCUCCCCUCUCCAAGCCCCCGCCUUCGCGCUCUGCAUCAUCAUGUGGGUCUACCUGCGGCACUACCUGAACCUGCACAUCCUGGCCUCCGUCGCGACCGAGUUUCGCACCGUGGGGCCCUUCGAGCUCGAAUGGGCGACCGAGCAGUACAAGUGUGGCAUCUCUCAGGCCGUGACGUUCGCGCUUCUGGCCGCGCUGCAGGUCCUGAACCUGUUCUGGCUGUACUGCCUGUUCCGCAGUGCGUACCGCUUUGUGGUGCUGGGUGUUGCGAAGGAUGAUCGGUCCGAGGCGGAGGAGGAGGAAGAAGAAGUCGGGGAGACAAAAAGGGCUACGGCCUUGUUGGAGGAGGCGCCGGCGAUCCGUCUUGUUGUGACGGAGUCCGAGUUAGUUACUUAGACUCCCUGGUGUUGUAUGGAGACAGGUAUAGUCAGCGGCCAUCUCCUUGGAUGGGCAAGGUUGACAGGACAUUAUCAGCAUUUUGACUAUCGGAUUAUGGCGCCAUGUGGCCGUAUAACGAGAGAACAGUGUUGUUGUUCGGCGGGUUAUAUAUACAUACAUGAUAAGUGUAAUCUGUAAUGGAUUUGGGCACAAUUCAGCUUCUUAUCAGCACUGAGUACUAGCAUAUAGUUCAACUUCACGGGAAAGAACAACAUCAGUCCACCGAAAUGCAGAAGGAGUGUAACUCGACG